AGGCGUGUUCUGCCGGGCAAGGACACACAGAUCUAAAUGACAUUUGUGUAAGUUACCUGAGUUACUAACUUGCUAAUUGUCUCCGGUAACCAGACCCGGUCAUACCCACUUUAAGCUAAGGGGCGAGGAUAUCUACAUAAAUGUGAGAUGAUUUUCCACAGAGAAAGGUCUGACGAGCUUCAGGAAAUCCUGCAGUAGUCUGAGGUUCCCUCGGAGACUCUUUGCUGUCUGCGUUGCUGUGGGUGAUGGUCUGCUGGUGCCCCCUGUGGUGAAUGGCGGUGUGCAGAGGAGGCAUGGCCCUCUGGGUGGGUUGUGUCUGCAGCCACAGCAGGAGGCAGCCCAUCCAGAAACUGAACCUGAGUCUCAGUCAGGUGUCUGAAUGGCAGUGGAUGAAUCCGACCCGCUCGCUGGGUGGUGCUGCCUGGGCCCUGGCCCCCCCUAACAGCCUGAGGUAUCAGAACAUUAGGCAGCCGCUGCUGUCCCACCCGCUGCACCACGCCAGCCAACCUCAGAGACAUGGAUGUGACGAAGACUGGGAGGAGUCUCUUAGCGUGUGCCUGCUGGUGCCGCACAGCGAGUCACAUGACCUCCACAGCCUGCUGGAGCUGCCGUCACUGAGUCACGUUAAACCAAGAGAGCUGCUGGUUCAGCGGUCUUUGGAGUUCUGCUUUCCUCUCACCACGGUGGAUGGCAGCCGGGAGGAUGACAUCAGUGUGGAGAGCCCCCAGAGGAGCAGAGGUGAUGCUGUGGAGAAGGAACAUGGCUGCUUCAGAAGCCUGUUUGAAGCAGAAGGAUGUCCAGCUCCCUUCAUGUACGGCUCUACGUUUUAUUGUUUCCACUGCCCGGAAACACACCUGGUGUCCUGCAGUGACGGAAAGUCCAACCAGGACUGUGGACUCAACAGGUGGCCUGGAGACCUGCUGCCAUCAGUGGAUCUAUGCAGCUCUGCAGGAGGAGCAGAGGUGGAGAACUAUGAUGGAGACUGGGAGAGAGAGGAGAAACUGUCCAUGAUGUAUGAAAGGCUGAGGAUAGAGCUUCCAGGUUUUUUCCUGACCAACCAUGACUACACCAUGUACUCUAAUGAUGUGGAGUUCAUCAACGGCCUCGUCAACAUGAAGACCAGAGGGCGUGUGGCGUACCGCCUCACCCUGUCCAUGUGGCGCCUCCUCUGUCUCUGCUACUACGCCGAGGCUCGGCUGGAUGUUCUGAAGCUCACCAAGCACAUGGAGGAUGGGACCAUCAAGGCUCGCUGGAGGGUUAGAGGACUCCCUCUUCACACCGUUCUGCUGCGCUUCUACCGCAAAGACAAGUCUCACCUGUACAGGUCGUAUGAUGCUUUCUCCACGUUUUACGUUGGGCAGGACGGACUCAUCCAUUGUCACAAAGUUGAAAAGGUGAUACCGGCUCGGCCUCCCGUCCUUCCCGGAGUGACUUCCCUCCUCACGGGAGUUCUGGUGGCUCUGGGGGUCCAGGAGCCCAGACCAGCCCUGAACCUGCUGCCCCUCUUCCUGUCCUCACUCCGGCAGAGCAGAAACUGACCCCAGAUGAGCUGGGAGUGGAAUAAAGGAGACUUCCUGAAAGACGGAUCAUUCUCACCAUCAGCACAGACUCAAGUUUAAGCUGAACUUCUCUGUUCUGACGCGUCAUCGUUGUCCCUGAACUGUUUCCUCUGCUCAUAAGUUCCUCUGAACUCAGAACCAGGUCCCACAUGGUCAUCAGCCGACACGUUUUAGUUUUUAAAGCUGACCAAUUUUAAAUGUGCGUCUUUCCCAGCCAGAAAAGAAAAAAUGCGAGAGCGUCUGGGCGACGGAUCAGCCUCCCAGCUUCACCGCGGCUGUUUGAGGGAGGACGUACUUCUUGAAGGUGGCUCGCACUGGCCUCCCACACAGUGCUGACCAGCUCUGACUGGUUCUGAUGGGGUUUUCUCAGUGGUACGACCCAGUUAGUUUGAUUAUUCAGAACCAUCUUCAGAUAUUUAAAGGUUUGGUGUUUAAUUCAGGAGAAGGUCCACAUGGAGACUCCGGCUCGGUUCUGAGAAGCAGAAAGAAACUGAGACUGAAUACAGAACCAUGAGAGAAACCCACACAGUUAUCGUUCAUGUGGACUCAGACUUUAUUUAUUUCAUGUUUAAAGCUGCAUCCUCCAAGUGUGUCUGAAGCAGCUUGUAGAGCUUCAUCAAACUAACAGUAGCUGUGGUUCUCCAGAACUCCUCUGUGGUUCUCCAGAACUCCUCUGUGGUUCUCCAGAACUCCUCUGUGGUUUUCCAGAACUCCUCUGUGGUUCUGCAGAACUCCUCUGUGGUUUUCCAGAACUCCUCUGUGGUUCUCCAGAACUCCUCUGUGGUUCUCCAGAACUCCUCUGUGGUUUUCCAGAACUCCUCUGUGGUUCUGCAGAACUCCUCUGUGGUUCUCCAGAACUCCUCUGUGGUUUUCCAGAACUCCUCUGUGGUUCUGCAGAACUCCUCUGUCAGCUUCUGCAUGUCCUGCUGCAGCUGCUCCUGCCAGCAUAAUAAACAUGUGAUUAACAAAU